CCUGUGAGCAACUGGUGCUGUGGGUGCUGUGAUUUUCAAAUGGAGAGGAGUAGGAGUAGGAAGAGGAGGAGUGGCCUGGACCGGCAGCCGACCGACCGUCACUUACAAACUGGAGCGGUGCUCCUUUCCGAAGAUCACUUGCUCACCUGCACGGCCACGGUGGGACAGAGACGGAGAGACACACACACGCUCACGGGGAGAGAAGGAGGCAAAGAUCAACUCCCUGCUCCCGGGCCCCGUUCAGCACAUUGACCACUGAAAGGACGUCUGUCACUCAUCGGCUGACGAAAUGAGCAAGAAGAUGGAGGACGAGGCCGUGCUGGACCGCGGUGCGUCCCUCGUCAAGCACAUCUGCGACCAGGAGGAAGUGGAAGGUCACCACACCGUUUACAUCGGCGUGCGGGUGCCCAAGAGUUACCGGCGUCGGCGGCGCCACCGUCGCCAAAAGCCCGGCCACAAGGACAGGAAGGAGCGUACGGCGGAAAAUGCGUCCGACCGGUCCGACAAUGAGAACAACGACGAGGCCGGCAAUAGCAUCCUCAAACCCCUCAUCUCGCCGGCCGCCGAGAGGAUCCGCUUCAUCCUCGGGGAGGACGAUGACGGGCCGCCGCCCCCUCAGCUCUUCACCGAGCUGGACGAGCUGCUGUCAGUGGACGGCCAGGAGAUGGAGUGGAAGGAGACGGCCAGGUGGAUCAAGUUUGAGGAGAAGGUAGAAAAAGGCGGUGAGCGCUGGAGCAAACCUCAUGUGGCCACCUUGUCCCUGCAUAGCCUGUUUGAGCUGCGCACCUGCAUCGAGAAAGGAACCAUCAUGCUGGACAUGGAGGCAUCCACUCUGCCUCAGGUGGUUGAGCUGAUAACAGACAACCAGAUUGAGAACGGUCAGAUGAAGCCUGAAUUCAAGGACAAGGUGAUGUACACGCUGCUGCGCAAACAUCGCCACCAGACCAAGAAGUCCAACCUGCGUUCGCUGGCCGACAUCGGCAAGACUGUCUCCAGCGCAAGUAGGCUCUUUUCCAACCAGGAGAACGCCCGUAGUCCUCUGGAAACCUCUGUGACGUGCCUGUCGAGCGGCAUCUCAAUGGAGGACUUGCAGAGUCAAAGGAGCACCAGCAUGGAUUGGCUCAAUAGUCCCACCACCACCCACCGAAAUCUGACCUCCAGCAGCCUCAACGACAUCUCUGACAAGCCGGAGAAAGACCAGCUGAGGAACAAAUUCAUGAAGAAGUUGCCCAGAGACGCUGAGGCCUCCAACGUGCUGGUGGGCGAGGUCGACUUCCUGGAUGCGCCCUUUGUGGCCUUUGUGCGUCUGCAGCAGGCCGUGAUGCUCGGCGCCCUGACCGAAGUUCCCGUUCCCACAAGAUUUUUGUUUGUCCUGCUCGGGCCCAAAGGUAAAGCCAAGUCGUAUCAUGAGAUUGGACGAGCCAUCGCUACGCUCAUGUCAGACGAGGUGUUCCACGACAUUGCGUACAAGGCCAAGGACAGGCAGGACCUGCUGGCCGGCAUCGACGAGUUCUUGGACGAGGUGAUCGUGCUGCCUCCUGGCGAGUGGGAUCCUGCUAUCCGGAUAGAACCUCCUAAAACACUGCCGUCCUCCGACAAAAGGAAAAACAUGUAUGCGGGUGGUGACUCUCAGAUGAAUGGCGACACGCCUCACGAUGGUGGUCACGGAGAAGGCGGGCACGCCGUGGGUGAGGAGCUGCAGAAGACAGGAAGGUUUUGUGGCGGCCUACUGCUGGACAUCAAAAGAAAAGCGCCUUUCUUGCUCAGCGACAUCACCGACGCCUUCCACAUACAGGCCCUGUCUUCCAUCCUUUUCAUCUACCUGGGCACCGUCACCAACGCCAUCACCUUUGGCGGGCUUCUGGGCGACGCCACGGAGAACAUGCAGGGUGUUCUGGAGAGCUUCCUGGGAACGGCCAUCACGGGCGGUGUCUUCUGCCUGCUGGCCGGCCAGCCGCUCACCAUCCUCAGCAGCACCGGACCCGUCCUCGUCUUUGAACGCCUCCUUUUCAACUUCAGCAAGGACAACGAAUUCAACUACCUGGAGUUCCGCCUGUGGAUCGGCCUGUGGUCAGCAUUCCUGUGCCUGGUGCUGGUGGCCACCGAUGCCAGCUACCUGGUCAAGUACUUCACACGCUUCACAGAGGAAGGCUUCUCGGCCCUCAUUAGCUUCAUCUUCAUUUACGACGCCUUCAAGAAGAUGAUCAAGCUGGCACACCACUACCCCAUCAACUCCGACUUUCGCAUGGAGCACGUCACGCAGUACGACUGCCUCUGCAUGGCGCCCACUGUCCUCGAAAACAACUCAGAUUUCACCGGCGACCCCUUAGAGGGCACCUCCAUCUGGUUCUGGAACAACACGGAUCUGCCCAUGAACGCCACGUGGUCGUCGCUCAGCCGGACAGAAUGCUUGAAGUACAACGGUGAGCUGGUGGGCAAGGCUUGCGACGUCGUGCCCGACAUCGCUCUCAUGUCCUGCAUCCUCUUCUUCGGAACAUACAUCUGCUCCAUGGGCCUGAAGACGUUCAAGACCAGCCCCUUCUUCCCCACCACCGUGAGGAAACUCAUCAGUGACUUUGCCAUUAUCCUGACUAUCCUUAUCUUUUGCGGUGUGGACGCAAUGGUCGGUGUGGACACGCCCAAACUCAUAGUGCCAACUGAAUUCAAGCCGACAAGCCCUCUCCGAGGCUGGUUUGUGCCGCCCUUUGGGGGCAACCCCUGGUGGGUGUACCUGGCGUCGGCCCUGCCCGCCCUGCUGGUCACCAUCCUGAUCUUCAUGGACCAGCAGAUCACUGCGGUGAUCGUCAACAGGAAGGAGCACAAGCUCAAGAAAGGUGCGGGCUACCAUCUGGAUCUGUUCUGGGUGGCCGUGCUGAUGGUGGUGUGCUCCUUCAUGGGCCUGCCGUGGUACGUGGCGGCCACCGUCAUCUCCAUCGCUCACAUCGACAGCUUGAAGAUGGAAACGGAAACGUCGGCGCCUGGGGAGCAGCCCAAGUUCUUAGGAGUCAGGGAGCAGAGGGUCACUGGCAUAUGUGUGUUCAUGCUUACUGGACUGUCGGUGUUCAUGGCUCCCAUUUUAAAGUUCAUCCCUAUGCCGGUGCUGUAUGGAGUCUUCCUGUACAUGGGAGUGGCCUCUCUCAAAGGAGUUCAGUUCAUGGACCGUCUAAAGCUGCUGCUGAUGCCGGCCAAGCACCAGCCCGACCUGAUUUAUCUGCGACACGUGCCCCUCAGGAAGGUGCACCUGUUCACCUUCAUCCAGGCGCUCUGCCUGGCCCUGCUCUGGAUCCUCAAGUCCACCGUGGCAGCCAUCAUCUUCCCCGUCAUGAUCCUGGCGUUGGUGGCCGUGAGGAAGGCCAUGGAUUACAUGUUCUCGCAGCACGACCUCAGCUUCUUGGACGACGUCAUCCCCGAGAAAGACAAGAAGAAGAAAGAGGAUGAGAAGAAGAAGUGCAGCAGCCAAGACAGCGAUGCCGAUGACCAGAGAAAUCAGCUUCGUUCCUCGAGCGACACACCUCGUGCUGAGCAGCUUCGCUACUACCAGGCCAACUGCUUGUCCAGCCGCGAGAUGAGUCCGCUGAAGCCGGUGCCUCAAAUUAGAAUAGACAUGGACCCGGACGACGGCAACCCUUUCUACUGGCGAAGUCGAGGAUCCGAGACGUCUCUCUAGGCCUGCCAAGACUCCACCCGAGGGGGCAUCCAGGGCCGAGACCCCCUCCCCCCCUACCCACCAUCUUCUUCUUCUACUACAAAUCAGAACAAGCAAGCUAACUCUACUACUUCUUCUUCUAUGCAACUGCAGCUCUGUCUUACCGCGCAUGGAGUUCCCUCCCUGCUUCGUUUUAUAUCUAUCAUCCAUCUAUACUUUUAUAUGUACAAAUAUAUAAAUACAAAUCUCUUAUAUAUUAUGAUAACAUUUUCCUGUAGCAGGAAAAGUACAUUUUAAUAGUCUACCUCUUGUUUCAAACGAACACGUGUCGAUUGAGCAGGGGAUUUGCUGUAUCAUAGACGGAAAAGGGGUGCUUAUGUGAUUAAAUAGUUAUUAACGGUUAAUUAACAAUGGACAAGACAGAUUUUGAUUUAUUUUUAUUAAUUAAAUCAGAGUUUAUUUUAUUUCAUUUUUUAAUGAUUCUGUUUUGGUGUGUUGGUAACUUUUUCGUACGUCGGGUUUUCCUCAGCUAUAAGCGAUAUCGUGUUUGCGAUACGUUACCUUUCAAGUGGCUUAUAAAUUCCAUUCAGACUAGUAUUCAUAAUACAAUAAAAAUCUGUGACGUUCAUGACUAAUCAAAACUGACAUUUAUAACUCAUAAACAUUAGCCUUUUCAUUUUCUUUUUUUUAAAACAAGUUAUCUUAAACACACACACACACACACACAAAAUCCCCUAUUCUAGUUCUGGAAAAUCAAUAAUUUUUAUGACAUUGCGCUAUGCGCUAUUUAUCUUAACUCAUUCACUGCCAGCCUUCCCAGUCAACAUGGAUAUUUGACUUCUGAAGCCGUCAAUGGCAGUAAAUGUGUUAACAUUACGACUGGUAGGUGACUCCAAAAUUACCUGAAUUAAAAUAUAUAUAUCUGUUGAUCAUUGAAAUUUAUUUCAAGUUGCUUUGGUCCCCAGAAAGACAAGUGUCCCGUGUCUUGUAAUCCAGGCGGCUUUCUAGCCAAAAAAAAUUGGCAUCUCAAGGGUGACAGUGUCUUGAGCUUUGGGUAUGUUCGGGGAGUGCUCAAUACGCGUAAUAAAAAACCUCGUUUUUAACUAAACUAUAGUUGACAACUUGCUGGAAGUGAAAUUUUACUCCUGAAAUUCCCCAAAUAUAAAUCUCUAAAUCUAAUAAAUAUGGAACACUGGCUAUAGUCCCAGUAAAAGAAACUUUCAUGUGACCUGUAAUCCAAACGUUUCAACCUAUUUGUCACCUCCAUGGGGACACUAAACGAUUCUAAAAGAUAACUUGAAGUCAUAAAAUGUUGCAAAUAGCACAUCUAAAAAUGAUACAUACUGUAUUUUCUGUAGCCCCUGUAAAGAAACUGCCCUGUGUCUUAGCUAGGCGGCACUCUUCACAGUAGAUUUGUCAUCUAAAGUGUGAUCCUAAAUGAUUCGAAAGCAAAACAUUUUUCAGUAAACUCCUCAAAUAGCACCUCUUAAAAGGUGCUAUUUGAGGAGACCUCUAAAGUGAAUUUUUUGUUUUAAAAGACCUGACAUAAAAAAAAUAAAAUAAAAAAACAUUAAAAAGCACUAUAAUUUAUUCUAAGUAUCUUUGAUCAGCAGAAAGAAAAGUAUCCUAUGUCCUGUAAUCUCGGCGACACUCUAGCAACAGAUUUGACAUCCCUAGGAUGGAAAUGAUUCUAUAGGUUUUAGUCAAAAAUCUCCUUAAAAACUAGUAAAUUCUAUUUAGUAGCUUCAGUGUGUCUUGUAUCCUGUAAUUUAGGCGACACUGUUAAACAGAGUUGACGAAGUGACUGGUAAUCUGCAAUGAUCAAGUGUGUUUAUGACUGGUCAUUUACAGAAGCGGUUUGUUUGUUUGUCCCACUUCAAGAUAUGUAUUCACACCAUUUUGAAUAUAAAGGCUGUCACAUUGUGGAUGUUGCGAAGGGUUUCCAAUUGCACCGAAUAGCAGAAUGGCCUAUUUAACAGCAUGUUAGCAUGUUAGCCCAUCAGCCAAAGUAAUGAUAUGAUAUUUAUAAUCCACGUUUUUUUUUUGCCAAAACAAAUACAAUAACAAUCAAUGAAUUUAUUCUUGUUUGACUGUUCAUUAAUUAACCUUUUGGGUGACUUUUGAGAGUACGUACUUUAGACAUUCUAUUUUUCAAAUGAAAUGUAUAUUGAAAAUAAAAAGUUAUUAAACGGA